GCUUAACAUAAAUGGUGUUACGUCUGAAAAUCUAGCGGAAUUUGAGUUCUUAAUUCGCUACUUUGAAUGUAUUAAGCUUAAGAGCAAUGUUAAAAGAGAAAGAGAAACCGAAAGAAAAAUGCUGCUCUCCGGCGAAUUUCCUAUUAUAACAUAAUACUGUUAAGGCAAUGAAUGAAAAUAUAUUUGAUGUCAUCCCCUUUCAUUAUUUGACUAAGUAAAGUUUAACAUGACGUUUUGCCUUUUGGUUACGUUUUGGUGUUUGAUAUGAACGGUUGGCUUUUGAAAUAAAAGAAAAGAACAGAUCAAUGAAAUAAUAAAAAGUAUAUAUUUAAAAUAUAUAUGUAUAUGUACAUCAAAGAAAUAAAAAAUAAAAAUAAAUAACUUCAUAAAUUUAAACAUGUUGUGUGUCAUAGCUUAAAAUAAAUUAAAUUUAUUACAUUUUCAAGCUGUUAGGAGUGUCUUUUUGUAGCAUUAAAAUCAUAAAAACUAAAAAAGGAGAAUAAAUAAAUAAAACAUAUAGAUAUAUACAAUAAAUAUAUAUAUAUAUAUAGAAUAAAUACGCUUGGAGCUUCAAAAAUUACAACAUAAAGUAAAAGAAGGCCUGGAAAUCCAAACCAAAUUAACACCAAAUUACUAAACCUCAUAUAAUAAGGAAAAUAAAAUUAAUAUAAUAUUUAUUCCCAUAAAUAUUAAAUAAAAUAAAUAUUAAAUACACGCAAAUCUUAUAAAACGAUCGAUUGGCAUCGAUUUACAAAUACGUGUCUGUGGCGGGCGCUUGUUUGAAGAUGGCGCCUCGGAUAUAGUUGUAACUUUGAUGUAGCAGGCGACAUACAUGUGCCUAAUGUAAGUGUGCGUAGAACUAAAUAAGCAGUAGUUUUUGGUUUUUAUUUUGUUGUUUUUUGUACGAGCCUUGGAAAACUGAGGCUCUCAUCGUUGGCCGCAUAGACAAUGACAGAAGAUUCCGACUCGAUAUCUGAGGAAGAACGUAGUUUGUUCCGUCCCUUCACCCGCGAAUCAUUGGUGCAAAUAGAAAAUCGUAUCGCAGAACAUGAAAAACAAAAGGAACUGGAAAGAAAGAGACUCGAAGGAGAGGCGCCGAUCCGAUAUGAUGACGAGGACGAGGAUGAAGGUCCACAACCGGAUCCUACACUUGAACAGGGAGUGCCCAUACCUGUUCGACUGCAGGGCAGCUUCCCGCCGGAAUUGGCCUCCACUCCUCUCGAGGAUAUCGAUCCAUACUACAAUAAUAUACUGACAUUUGUAGUAGUAAGUAAAGGAAGAGAUAUUUUUCGGUUUUCUGCCUCAAAAGCAAUGUGGUUGCUCGAUCCAUUUAAUCCGAUACGUCGUGUAGCCAUUUAUAUUUUAGUACAUCCUUUGUUUUCGUUAUUCAUUAUCACCACUAUCCUUGUUAAUUGUAUUUUAAUGAUAAUGCCGACAACGCCCACGGUCGAAUCUACAGAGGUGAUAUUCACCGGAAUCUACACAUUUGAAUCAGCUGUUAAAGUGAUGGCACGAGGUUUCAUUUUAUGCCCGUUUACGUAUCUUAGAGAUGCAUGGAAUUGGCUGGACUUCGUAGUAAUAGCUUUAGCUUAUGUGACCAUGGGUAUAGAUUUAGGUAAUCUCGCAGCUUUGAGAACAUUUAGGGUACUGCGAGCUCUUAAAACCGUAGCCAUUGUGCCAGGUUUGAAAACCAUCGUCGGUGCUGUCAUUGAGUCUGUAAAAAAUCUACGCGAUGUGAUAAUUUUGACAAUGUUCUCCCUGUCGGUGUUUGCACUGAUGGGCUUACAAAUUUAUAUGGGUGUUCUAACACAAAAGUGCAUUAAAAGAUUCCCGCUCGAUGGGAGCUGGGGUAAUUUGACGGAUGAAAACUGGAAGCUGCACAAUGAAAACUCCUCCAAUUGGUUCGCAUCAGAAGACAAGUUAUCAUUUCCCUUGUGUGGUAAUAUAUCUGGAGCGGGGCAAUGUGAAAGGGAUUAUGUGUGCCUGCAGGGUUUUGGUCCGAAUCCGAAUUACGGUUACACUAGUUUCGAUUCGUUCGGUUGGGCCUUCCUGUCUGCCUUUCGUUUAAUGACGCAGGACUUUUGGGAGGAUUUGUACCAGCUCGUUUUGAGAGCGGCCGGUCCGUGGCACAUGUUGUUUUUUAUAGUCAUCAUCUUCCUAGGUUCAUUCUAUCUUGUGAAUUUGAUUUUGGCCAUUGUUGCCAUGUCUUAUGACGAAUUGCAAAAGAAGGCCGAAGAAGAAGAGGCUGCUGAAGAGGAGGCCAUACGUGAAGCGGAGGAGGCGGCGGCGGCUAAAGCAGCCAAACUUGAGGAAAGAGCCAAUGCGGCAGCUCAAGCAGCUCAGGAUGCAGCUGAUGCCGCCGAGGCAGCACUGCACCCCGAGAUGGCCAAGAGUCCGACCUACUCUUGCAUUAGCUAUGAACUGUUCGUUGGCGGCGAAAAAGGCAAUGACGACAACAACAAAGAAAAAAUGUCCAUACGCAGCGUCGAAGUGGAAUCGGAGUCGGUGAGCGUUAUACAAAGACAACCAGCACCUACAGCACACGCAACUAAAGUCCGUAAAGUUAGUACGACUUCCUUAUCCUUACCUGGUUCACCAUUUAACAUACGCCGGGGAUCACGUAGUUCACACAAGUAUACAAUACGAAAUGGGCGUGGACGUUUUGGUAUACCGGGUAGUGAUCGUAAGCCUUUGGUUUUGUCAACAUAUCAGGAUGCCCAGCAACAUUUGCCAUAUGCUGAUGACUCGAAUGCGGUGACACCCAUGUCCGAAGAGAAUGGUGCCAUUAUAGUGCCGGUUUACUAUUGUAAUUUAGGUUCUAGACAUUCCUCAUAUACCUCGCAUCAAUCAAAAAUGUCGUAUACAUCACAUGGAGAUCUUUUGGGUGGAAUGGCAGCUAUGGGAGCCAGCACAAUGACAAAAGAAAGUAAAUUACGCAGCCGCAAUACCCGCAAUCAGUCAAUAGGUGCCUCAAAUGGUGGUACUCAAUAUGUGGAUAAUAAUCACAAGGAACAACAUCAGCGUGAUUACGAUAUGGGUCAGGAGUACACAGAUGAAUCUGGAAAGAUUAAACACCACGACAAUCCUUUUAUCGAGCCCGUCCAAACUCAAACAGUGGUAGACAUGAAAGAUGUAAUGGUCCUAAAUGAUAUAAUCGAACAAGCCGCUGGUCGGCAUAGUCGUGCUAGUGACCGAGGUGUCUCCGUUUAUUAUUUUCCUACAGAGGACGAUGACGAAGAUGGUCCAACGUUUAAGGACAAGGCAUUGGAAUUUAUACUGAAGUGUAUAGACAUCUUUUGUGUGUGGGACUGUUGUUGGGUGUGGUUAAAGUUUCAGGAAUGGGUCUCCUUCAUUGUGUUCGAUCCCUUUGUGGAAUUGUUUAUUACCCUGUGUAUUGUAGUCAAUACAAUGUUCAUGGCCAUGGAUCAUCAUAACAUGAAUACCGAAUUGGAAAAAGUCUUGAAAAGUGGAAACUACUUCUUUACUGCCACCUUUGCGAUAGAAGCCACAAUGAAACUGAUGGCCAUGAGUCCGAAGUACUAUUUUCAAGAAGGUUGGAACAUAUUCGAUUUCAUUAUUGUAGCUUUGUCACUGCUGGAAUUGGGUCUUGAAGGUGUCCAGGGCCUGUCAGUUUUGAGAAGUUUUCGUUUGCUUCGUGUAUUCAAAUUGGCAAAAUCUUGGCCUACACUGAAUUUACUCAUUUCAAUUAUGGGCCGCACAAUGGGUGCAUUGGGUAAUCUAACAUUUGUACUUUGCAUUAUCAUCUUCAUAUUUGCCGUUAUGGGAAUGCAACUUUUCGGAAAGAACUAUCAUGAUCACAAGGACAUGUUCCCGGAUGGUGAAUUGCCAAGAUGGAAUUUUACCGAUUUCAUGCACUCAUUUAUGAUUGUGUUUCGAGUAUUGUGCGGAGAGUGGAUCGAGUCCAUGUGGGAUUGCAUGUACGUGGGCGAUGUAUCCUGUAUACCAUUCUUCUUGGCCACAGUAGUUAUCGGCAAUCUUGUGGUUCUUAAUCUUUUCUUAGCUUUGCUUUUGUCGAAUUUCGGUUCUUCUAGUUUAUCAGCACCGACUGCCGACAAUGAUACCAAUAAAAUUGCAGAAGCCUUCAAUCGUAUUGGUCGUUUUAAGAAUUGGGUGAAACGUAAUAUUGCCGAUUGUUUUAAGUUAAUACGUAAUAAAUUGACAAAUCAAAUAAGUGACCAACCAUCAGGUGAGAGGAUCAACCAGAUCAGUUGGAUUUGGAGCGAAGGCAAAGGGGUUUGUCGUUGUAUAUCUGCAGAGCAUGGUGAUAAUGAACUGGAAUUGGGUCACGAUGAAAUAAUGGCCGACGGGUUAAUCAAAAAGGGCCUAAAGGAACAAAAUCAACUAGAAGUAGCUAUAGGGGAUGGCAUGGAAUUUACCAUACACGGUGAUAUGAAGAAUAAUAAACCGAAGAAAUCAAAAUUCUUAAAUAACACAACGAUGAUUGGAAACUCAAUAAACCACCAAGACAAUAGACUGGAACAUGAGCUAAACCAUAGAGGUUUGUCCAUACAGGACGAUGACACUGCCAGCAUUAACUCAUAUGGUAGCCAUAAGAAUCGACCAUUCAAAGAUGAAAGUCACAAAGGCAGCGCCGAAACAAUAGAAGGCGAAGAGAAGCGUGACGCCAGCAAAGAAGACCUCGGCCUUGACGAGGAGCUGGACGAGGAGGGUGAAUUGGAAGAGGGCCAACUGGAUGGUGACAUAAUCAUUCGGGCGGCCAACGACGAUGAGAUAAUCGAUGAUUAUCCCGCUGACUGUUUUCCGGAUUCAUACUAUAAGAAGUUUCCAAUCUUAGCCGGCGAUGAUGAUUCGCCGUUUUGGCAAGGAUGGGGCAAUUUACGACUGAAAACUUUUCAAUUAAUUGAAAAUAAAUAUUUUGAAACCGCAGUAAUCACUAUGAUUUUAAUGAGUAGCUUAGCUUUGGCCUUAGAAGAUGUUCAUUUACCAGAUCGUCCCAUACUACAGGAUAUUUUGUACUACAUGGACAGGAUAUUCACGGUGAUAUUCUUCUUAGAGAUGUUAAUCAAAUGGUUGGCUUUGGGCUUCAAGGUCUACUUUACCAAUGCCUGGUGUUGGCUUGAUUUUGUCAUUGUAAUGCUGUCGCUUAUAAAUUUGGUCGCGGUCUGGUCUGGCUUAAAUGAUAUUCCAGUAUUUAGAUCUAUGCGUACUCUUCGUGCUUUAAGGCCUUUACGUGCUGUUUCUAGAUGGGAGGGCAUGAAAGUUGUCGUAAAUGCGCUGGUUCAAGCUAUACCGUCCAUCUUCAAUGUGCUAUUGGUGUGUCUGAUAUUUUGGCUAAUUUUUGCCAUUAUGGGUGUACAGCUUUUUGCUGGAAAAUAUUUUAAGUGUUUAGAUAGCAACGACACGACUUUAAGUCAUGAAAUCAUACCCAAUCGUAAUGCCUGUAUAAGUGAGAACUACACUUGGGUAAAUUCAGCAAUGAACUUCGAUCAUGUAGGUAAUGCGUAUCUGUGUCUAUUUCAAGUGGCCACCUUUAAGGGCUGGAUACAAAUUAUGAACGAUGCCAUUGAUUCAAGAGAGGUGGACAAGCAGCCGAUACGAGAAACCAAUAUCUACAUGUAUUUAUAUUUCGUAUUCUUCAUUAUAUUUGGAUCAUUUUUCACACUCAAUCUGUUCAUUGGUGUUAUCAUUGAUAAUUUUAAUGAACAAAAGAAGAAAGCAGGUGGAUCAUUAGAAAUGUUCAUGACAGAAGAUCAGAAAAAGUACUAUAAUGCUAUGAAAAAGAUGGGCUCCAAAAAACCAUUAAAAGCCAUUCCAAGACCGAGGUGGCGUCCACAAGCAAUAGUAUUUGAAAUAGUUACUGAUAAGAAAUUCGAUAUUAUCAUUAUGUUGUUUAUUGGUUUAAACAUGUUUACCAUGACACUCGAUCGUUACGAUGCAUCGGAUACAUAUAAUGCUGUCCUUGAUUAUCUCAAUGCGGUAUUCGUAGUUAUUUUCAGUGGCGAAUGUCUAUUAAAAAUAUUCGCUUUACGAUAUCACUAUUUCAAAGAGCCAUGGAAUUUAUUUGAUGUAGUAGUUGUCAUUUUAUCCAUCUUAGGUCUUGUACUCAGCGACAUCAUUGAGAAGUAUUUUGUAUCACCGACAUUGCUGCGUGUGGUGAGAGUGGCCAAAGUGGGUCGUGUCCUGCGUUUGGUCAAGGGAGCGAAGGGUAUAAGAACUCUACUGUUUGCGUUAGCCAUGUCAUUGCCUGCCUUAUUCAACAUUUGUCUACUGCUGUUUUUGGUCAUGUUCAUCUUUGCCAUCUUUGGGAUGUCCUUCUUUAUGCAUGUCAAAGAAAAGGGUGGCAUUAAUGACGUGUAUAAUUUUAAGACAUUUGGCCAAAGUAUGAUAUUGCUCUUUCAGAUGUCUACCUCAGCCGGUUGGGAUGGUGUUUUAGACGCCAUUAUCAAUGAGGAAAAUUGCGAUCCACCCGACAACGACAAAGGCUAUCCGGGCAAUUGUGGUUCAGCGACCGUCGGAAUUACGUUUCUUCUCUCAUAUCUAGUUAUAAGCUUUUUGAUAGUUAUUAAUAUGUACAUUGCUGUCAUUCUCGAGAACUAUAGCCAGGCUACGGAGGAUGUACAGGAGGGUCUCACCGAUGACGAUUACGACAUGUACUAUGAGAUUUGGCAACAAUUCGAUCCCGAGGGUACCCAGUACAUUCGGCACGAUCAGUUGUCCGAAUUCUUGGACGUUCUGGAGCCGCCUCUGCAGAUUCACAAACCGAACAAGUACAAAAUUAUAUCGAUGGACAUACCCAUCUGUCGGGGCGACAUGAUGUACUGCGUAGAUAUUCUAGAUGCCCUGACCAAAGACUUCUUCGCACGCAAGGGCAAUCCCAUAGAAGAGACAGGAGAAAUUGGCGAAAUAGCUGCUCGACCCGAUACCGAGGGCUACGAUCCGGUAUCGUCGACGCUGUGGCGACAACGCGAAGAAUACUGCGCCCGUCUGAUACAGACGGCGUGGCAUCGCUACAAACAUCCAGCUGAAGACAAAGCUGCUGACGGUGAAGAUGCUGCUGAUGGCGCGGAAGGUGGCAGCCCUAAUGGUAGCGGCAGUGGCGGUGCUGGCGAAGGUGCUGAUGCGCUUCUAACGGGCGAGGCCGGUGGGCACGAAGACGCUGGUGCUAAUGGGGGUCCCCUAAGCCCAGGCUGCGUCAGCGGCGGUAGUAACGGCCGCCAGACGGCAGUGCUAGUUGAAAGCGAUGGUUUUGUUACAAAAAACGGUCACAAGGUUGUAAUACACUCGAGAUCGCCGAGCAUAACAUCCAGAACGGCAGAUGUCUGAGCCAGGCCUCGCCCCCCCCUCCAAGAUGCACGCGAGAACUAAAGCGUUAAUUUUCUGCUAAUAAUAAUAUAUCACAAUGUACACACACAACAACAAUAAUAAUAAUUAUAUUAAUAAUAAUAACAACAACACCGUACAAACAAAUGCGCAAAUAAUUCUUUUGAGUUAAACAUACAAUUACAACAAGAACAACAACAACAAACAAAAUAGCUGAAUUCCGUAACGGAAACGGAAACUAUUACAUCAGUAAACACGAAUUGAAAAACGGAACGAAUGCAGAUUUAUUAAUUUUAGAACAAUGAAAAACAUGUAAAAAUCUAUAAUGUAAAAAAUGAUAAAUGAAGUCAAGAACUAACUAACAAACAAACAAAUCACAAAUAUUGUAUUGAAAAUAUGUUUAACAAAUUACCAACAUUUUGAAUUAUUUUUUUCAUUUUAAUUUCCUUUCCUACUUUCUUUUUCUUAUAUAUUAUAAAACAUACAUAGUAUAUUUUUAUCUUACCUAUUUUUUGUUUGUUAAUUAACUACAUAAUGUAAAUAUAUAAGUAAAAAAAAACAAAAACAAAUAACACACAACAAAACAAUUUAAAUUACAAGCUCUGAUAAUUGUAUUGUAAACGGGUUCUUUUUUUAUAAAAAAAACAAAAACAAAAAACAACAAUUAUGAUUUUUUUCUACAAUAAAUAAAUACUGAAAUUUAAAAAUAUAAAAAAAAACAAAAUUAUAAAAAUAUGCUUUUUUAAAUAACAAAACACAAAAAUUAUAAUAAAACUACAUAAAUUAAGCCGACUGCCAAACAAACAAAACAUAAUAAUAAUAAUAAAAUAUUUUAAAUAUAACAAUGAAAGCACAGCUAAAGUUAUAAUAAUAAUAAUAAUAAUAAUAACAACAAACAAAAAUAAUAAUUAAAAUAUGAAAUAAUAAUAAUAAUAAAAAUAAUAAUAACACUUUUUAAAGCACACCACCUAUAAAAAUCUUAAAAUACACAAACAAAACAACUACAACAAUAACUCUCACUGCAUACUUUGAAAAUACACUGAAAAAAAAAACUUGGAGUUGGGGCGCAGAAAACUUUAAAAACAAACCAAACAAACGUAAUAAAACAAAACAAACAAGCAAAUCAAAAAGACGUUACAUAAAAGAUACAAAAACCUGACGUGUUGUGAUGUUGAAAAUUUUAAACAAGAAAACAUUUAAGAAAAUAAAAACUUUAAAAGCCAAAAAACUAUAAACAAAGACACAAACUUACAAACAAGAAAAAUAAAUAAAAUACAAAGAAGAACUAAGAAAAACUUUAAAAAAACAGUGAUAUUGAAUUGAACAAUCUCUCUUAACUGAGUUCUCCAACCAGAGAACGAACAGUGGACUUAAAACAAAAACCAAAACAUUAAUUGAAAUUCAAAUCGAAAUCGAAAGAUAAACUAUAAAAGAAGGACGAAAGAGAGUGUAAGCGACAAUUACAAACCAAUAAAUAAAAAAGUGGACUUGUAUGUAAACAAAUUUAAGCAAAAAUAAAUAUACUUAGACAUGUAUAAUUUUUUAAUUUCUUUUUUUUUUUUUUUUUAAUUUAUUAUUAAAAUAAAAUACACAAAAAGUAAAAAAAAUCACACAUUAUUUGCUUACAAAACAAACAAAAAAAAACAAAAAGUAAUAAGGCGACUAAGAAUGAAAAGUGGUAGAACACGAAAAAUAUAAACGAAAACGUAUUAAAAAUUAAAGCGCUCCUUGUUAUAAAUAAUAAAUAAUAAUAAUAAUAUAAACUGGAAUGUAAACUUAAGUACACAGCUAGAUGUUUUCCUUUCACAAAAUUCAUUUUAAUUGAAAAACUUCAGCACAUAUUCUACAGCUUCUCAGAUCUAAGCAUGUUGUUGAUACUUAAGUUUACGAUAAAUAGCUGGUGAAUCAUAAGCUAAACAUUGCAGGAGAACAAAUGAACAUUUAAGUGAUUAUUCUAGAACGAAUGAAACCUCUGGCAACUUUUAGUUAAAGAUCCAUUAGUAUUUUAAAACUAUCAAGAAAUAUUUGUUUUUAUAAUUGUUAAUUUAGUUUAUUUUUUUUUUUUGUUGCUUACAUUUGUUUCUUAAAAAAGGCAAACUAUUUAUUAUGUUUGAAUUGCACACGUCUUAAAGAAAAAAACAAAAACAAAAAAAAAACGUUAAAAAACUAUAAAAAUGUACCCCCACACUUACACAAUACAAUCAAAUACACAUUCACACAUACACAAACAUUCUAACAAACAUUACUACAUAAUUUGAAUUAAAAAAAUAAUAAUAAAAAUUAAUAAAUUUGACAUUCAUUGAAUUUAAUAACAAAUAUUUAAUUUAAUGAUUUCAAGAGCACCCGUAUUAAAUUAAAUUUAAAUAAAAACAAAACAAAUUAUAUUCAAAAUUGGCUUCUUUGUAACUACAUGCAUACAUACAUACUAUGUAUUUAUUGUUUUGUUUAUAUCUUUUUAACCAUUUCAAAUCAAUUACAGAGCUUUAGCAUUUUUAAUAGUUAAAACAUUAUGAUUUUUAAAAUCUAAAUUUAUUUUUUCAUUAUUAUUGUAAUUUAAUCUUUCGUUUGGUUGUGUAUUUUCAUUUACAAAACCUUUCUGUUACUGUUAUUCAUUCAUAAAAGCUUUUGGCUUCUCUAUCAAUUUGUACAUUUUUAUUUUUCUUAAAAAUUGGUGGCAGUUUUUUUUUUUUUGUUUUUCUCAAAAUCAAACUCAACUUUUUACUUUUAAAUACCUCCAAGAGUUUCUUGUUGAUUUUUUAUUAUUAUUUUUUUAAAAUUUUCACCUUGUUAUUUUUUAUUGCGCUAAAAAUAAUUAAAUAAAACAAAAAAUCUAAACAAACCAAUUCAAAAACGUGCGUAUUCAAGUACAAAAUGGUUCGAAACAUUUCAACAAAUAAUUCAAAGCUUACAAAAACCAAUUAAGGAACUGCUUCAAUCUGUUUACUUUAAUUUAAGCUGAUUUCGUUUAAUUGAAACAAUAAAUAAAAAAAAAUACCAACAAAAACUAAAAGAAAUGUUUGCUAUGCAACAGAAAAUUAAGUUUUUACAUUAAGAACAAACUUGAGUGCACUCUUAACAGCGAGGGGCGGGCGAGAUGAAACAAAAAAAACCCAAAAAAAAAACAACAAAACGUAAAUAAAUAAUUUAUACAUAAUUUAGAUUAAUUAUAUAAAAUAUAAAUAAUAAAGAAUUUUAUAAAAAAGGAAAUUGUUCCUUGAAAAUAAAAUUGAAUAAUAAUAAACAUGAAACAAAAAAAAAAAACAAAAAAAGGAACAAUAUGCAAAAACAUUGCCAUUUAGGAAAUUUAAUAAAAAAUACUACAAUAAUAUAAUACAAAGAAAUUAUAAAAAUUAAACUUAAACAAAUUAAACAAUAAAUAAUUAAUAAAAUAAAAAUAUGUAAUAAUAAUGAAAUAUUAAAAGUCGCGUUAUUAUUUUUGCUUCUUCUUCUAUAUACAAUAAGACAAACCUAAAAUUGACAACAAAAAGAAACAAAAGAAAAAUAAUAAAUAAAUAAAUCAAUUUUAAUAAAAUAGCUAUGAAUUUCACUGAUUAAUAAUGAAAAUAUAAUACAAUUAAAAAAUAAAGAAAAUUCAAUAAAGAGCUUUAAGUGUGUAUAAUAAUUAUUAAAAAUAAUUUUAAUUUUUUAUUUAACAUUCAACAUUUUUGUUUGAUUAUGAAAAUUGUAAAAAGUCACUUAUAAAUUUACUUAUUAUUAUUAUAUAAAAUUGCUAUGCCAUUAAGCCUUUAGAGUUAUUAUUAUUAUUAAAAUUAACGUUUAAAUAAAAAAAUUGAAAGCAAAACAAAAACAAAAAAAAUUUAACUCAAGGAAAUUCACAGUUGUUUUCUUCUCCUAAAUGAAAAAGCAAAAAUAACUUUAUUAUUAAAAAAAAAAAAAAAACUUUAAUAAAACAAUAUAUAGGGAAAAAGCAAAAAUAUGUAAAUUAUAUUUUUUUUAUGUAAAAUUACGCGCGAUUUCAUAAACAAACAAAAAAAUGAACAACUUUUUAAAUAUCAACAGCAAUGGCUUUUUUGUUAAUUAACAUUUCUAAAUAAUAAUAAAAAUCAAUACUAACAAUAAAUAAUAAUAACAAAACAACAACUAAAUAAUACAAAAAACAAAACUUUAGCUUUAUACAUUGUAAAUUACCUUAACUUUAAGUCUAGCUAAUUAAAAUUAAAAAUAUAAAAGCAAAAAUUAAAAAAAAAAAAUGAAAACGAAGCUCUGAUUUAAGAGCAUUUAGGUAAACAAUUUAAUUUAAUGUCUUUAAUAAACAAAAAUCAUUAACAAAAAAAACUCAAAGCAAAUGCAUUCUAUAAAUAUAAAGAAAAUAAAAACCAGAACUCUCCCCCCAAAAAAAAAACAAAAAUAAAAAAUAAAUCUAAAACUAAAAUACAUUGUAAUUUCUACCACAAUUAGUGUGUAAAGGCGCCAGUUUAUUAAAAAAAAAACAUAACAUUUAUUCAAUUUAACUUUGCUUAAUUUAAUUUGCAUUGUUUAUAAUACAUACGUAAGAGUAUCUCAUAACAAAAAAAAAAUAUUAAAUCACUCUUUACUUUUAAAUUUAAGGAGGAAAAUUUCUUGCCCCUUAUAAAAACUAAGGGUAAUUCUACUAACCACCCAUUAAUACAAUGUCUAGUUAUAUAUAUGUUAACUUUUAGUUAAACUCACCGUUUAACUUCAAGUUAAAACAUAACUAUACAUUGUGCUAAUGGGGUUAGGAAUUUAAUACUCUAUUCAAUUUCAAUUCCAAUAAUAAGUACUUAUUUACAAAAUUUUCGAAUUUCCUCCACCUCUUGAAUAGGAUUUAUUAUUAUUUUCAGUUUUCAAACAUUUUUCGACCUGAAAAUCUACAAAAACAAAUAAAUCUCUACGUACAAAUUUGCCUACGUGAUGUAAAAAUACUGAAACAAAAUAAAAAACAGAAAUAAUGUAACAAAAUUUAAAACUUACUAAGCAUUUGUUAUAUUUUAUUAAAUUUAUUAAACAAUAUGUUUCAAAUAUUUAUUUAGUUAAUUACUUUUAUAAAUUUAACUUUAAGUUACGAACGAAUCUUAAUAUUUUUUUUUCAUUUUCAAAUAUAGUACAACUACUCUAUUAACUGUUAACUUAUUAUUAUUAUUGUUUAUUUUGUUUUGUUUACUUUUUGGAUAUGGCUAAUAGAAGAUUUCGAAAUUUUAUAUUGAAAUUAACAGACAGAAAAACCCAAUCAACCAACACAGCACCGCACAGCGCCCUUUGCACUCACUUUGUUAUACGAGUAAAAAUAUUUGUUUUGAAGAGUAAAUUUUCCAUAAUUUUAUUGCUUAAUCGUCUCCCACAAUAUGAAAUAUUUAAUUAAAUAAUGAAUUAAUUAACAUUUUCCAGAUUUGUAUUGUAUGAUAAAUGUAUUUUUUGCUAUAAAUAUUUAUGUGAAAUACAAAAGAAAAAUAUUUCCAUCCAAAUAGCUUUUAACAUAAGCAAUUGAUUUAUUAAUUAAAUUUAAAAUAAAACAAAAAUAAAAUAAAUAAUCAGAUAUAAAAUACCUAUAUAAAAACAAACAAAAAAAAAAACAAAAUAUUUAAAAAAUAGACUGAGAUCGUUAAACCAAAAAUAUAAGAAAUAAAAAACAAACACUAUGCCAGUAUAACAGACAUUUUACACUGACAUACAUGAAAUAUAUAUUUUUUUGUCACUCGCUUUACAACAACAAAUUAAUUACACAUAGAAUUAAAAUCAUUCAAUUUAAUUUGAAACUUAAUUCACCUGCAAAUAGUCAGUCAGUCAGUUGUCAUACGAGUAGAAGUCAAGCUUUACAAUGUCCAGACUUUUGUUGUUCAUGAAAACUUAUUAUUUUAAUUGGCCCGCUUUUUCAAGUCAUAACUUUAAAUUUUCAGCAGGUUUUUUUUUAAAAAAUCAAAUUAAAAUAAAACUCUAAUCUAUAGCAACUUCCCCGGCUAUAUUAGAGUAAAUUGAAACAGUUAUUAAUCCCCAUUUCAUUUGCUUAUUGUACACACCUGCCUGAAUGCCUGCCAGCCGCAUACUUCUAUUAGCAAUAUUCUACUUACAUACAUAUAUUAACAAAUGUCUGUGUUUAAUAAAAAUAUUCGUUCCUUACCAACUUUUGUUACUUUACAUACUUUUUAGACCCAAUUAGUACCUUCAGCAAAACUGAAAAUACCAUUUACCUUAAUCUUCAAAACAAAACAAAUAAAAAAACUCCUUAAAAUAUUUCAUAUCUUUUUACCAUUUCGUUUAUUUCCAAAAAGAAAAACUCAAAUCUAUUUAUAAAAAAACCAAAAAAAAAACAAAAUCAAAUUGUUAAGUUUGAAUCUUUUUUACAAAAAAAAAUACGAUUUUAUAUGAAUCUAUUUAAAAAAUCUCUAAAAUAGCAAAAAAAAAGAAAAACUUUGUUUUUUUAUAUUAAAUUAAAAAUUUAAACUAAGUUUAAAUGAUUACUGUAUCUAUGAACAAGAAAAAACUAAACCAUGCCUGAAAUUUAAUAAAUAACUACUGCAAGAGGUACAUAAAUAAAAUACAAAUGAUCCCAAUUUAACAAAACAAAAUGCACAAUAAAAUUUAAAUCUUAUGUAAUAAAAAAGAAAAUCUUUAAAAUCAUCUUCUAUACAAAAUAAGCAGUUUAUGAUUCAUUAAUUUUUAUAUAAUAAUUUUCUCAUCUUAUAAAUAUUUCAAGUUUUUUUUUAUAUGUAUUUCUAAAUUUAUGAUUUUCAAAAUAUUCAUAAUAUUUUUGAAUUUUUAAAUAAAAUGAAAUAAAAAACAAAUACAAACAUAAAAUCGUAAAUAAUACAAAAACAAAACAAAAAAACAUGUAUAAAAACAAAAAGUUAAACCAGAUAAAUAUUAAAGCGAACAUUUUUUCACACUUUAGCUUAAUAAAUUGUAAAAUACAAAAAAAAAACAAAAAAACAAAACCUAAAACUGAAAUAAAAUGAAAUUUAAUUGAAUUUGUUAUGCAAAUGGAAAACAA